AUGGCCUCUCCAUCCAACAGGGCGCCGUUGCGGCGCCAAUCGACAUUGAACACGCCAACUGAUGCAGACAAGGACCUGUCGCAUUCGCUGAAGCAGCUUUCUCUCUCGACUUCUCCCGCUGGCAGACCACCCCGCCCUCAAAGUGCGCUGUCGCCUUUGAGACCAGCCGUAAACAGAUCGUCUCCCGCACCGAGCCCGCGAAUGCCGUCCCGGAGCCCCUCCCUUGCGAGGGAGCUUUCCCGCUCACGAUCCUCCACUCCGACGCUGCAGCGAUCUGCAACACCGACCCUCCAACGAAAGACCUCCACGAGUUCCUUGCACUCAGUCACCGGCCCUUCAAUCCGCACGCCCAGCAGGGCGCCGUCACGAAGGACGAGCAUGGCACAUGCCUCUUCGCCGGUAGCCAAGUCUCCUCUUCGAACGAGCCCCCCUGAAUAUAUAAAGCCCCCACCCACAGCAAACGCCAUUGCCCGCGACUACUUCAAGGCUGAGCUAGCCACACAUCAUUCUCCAACUUCGACCCUUGGGACGGAAACUGUCGUCAUUUUACACGAUGCUUGCUACGGACACCGUUUCUCCCGUCCAAAGACGUCGCGGGCCGCUCUCAGCACCAUUGUUGAGAGACCAGAGAGAAUCAAGGCCGGCGUGCUUGGUGUAGCCAUGGCUUAUGUCCGAUUGGGUGAGAGACAUUGCGAUGGCGCCUAUCCUCUUGGACCUAGUCUGGAUCCCUCCUCCAUCCCUAAUAUCCCGUUCCGUAUCUACAAGACUGAACGAAGACUGCCGCUUACAUCGCAAGCCGUGACCAACGUCCACGGCACCAAGUGGAUGGAGGAGCUGAAGACCAUGUGUGAUGUGGCAGAAGCGAAACUGUCAAUGGGAGGCAAGGAGCUUCAGCGGCCGGACAUGAACCGGGGCUCGGACCAGACACCACCAGCAAAACUGCAUGAGGGUGACCUAUACCUCUGCUCGGAAUCUCUGGAAGCGUUCGAGGGUGCGCUAGGCGCAGUGUGCGAGGCAGUAGACAGGGUAUUUACGUCAGGCCCGCGGCGAGCAUUCGUUGCGGUACGACCACCAGGACACCACUGCUCAGCUUCUUACCCCUCGGGCUUCUGCUGGGUCAACAAUGUUCACGUUGGAAUCAUGCACGCCAUUCUGGAGCACGGCUUGACGCACGCUGCCAUCAUUGACUUUGAUCUUCAUCAUGGUGACGGCUCACAGGCCAUUACAUGGGCACACAAUUCCCGUGGGGUUAACAUGGCCAAGAACGCCGCUGCAUGGAAGAAGGCAUCUAUUGGCUACUUCAGUCUGCACGAUAUCAACUCAUACCCCUGUGAGAUGGGAGACGAAGAGAAGGUCAAGAACGCCAGUUUAUGCAUCGACAACGCCCAUGGCCAGAAUAUCUGGAACGUUCACUUGGGAUCGUGGAACUCUGACAAAGAAUUCUGGGACUUGUAUGAGUCCAAAUAUUCGGUCAUUCUUGAGAAGACACGCAGCUAUUUGAAAACUCAAUCAGCCCGUGUACGUGCUCUCAACCUGCCUCCGAAGGCGGCCAUCUUUUUCUCGGCGGGCUUCGAUGCCAGUGAGUGGGAGACCAAGGGCAUGCAACGUCAUAAUGUGAACGUGCCAACCGAGUUCUAUGCCCGCAUUGCUCAAGACGUCGUCAAGCUUGCCGCAGAAGAGGGACUGAGUGUUGAUGGUCGUGUCAUCAGUGUUCUCGAGGGAGGCUACAGCGAUCGUGCUCUGUACUCGGGUAUUUUCAGUCACUUGAGCGGACUUUCAGGGGACCAGACGGUGGUUGAGGCGACCAGAGGUCGUUCAUCUCUCGGAUACGAGAUGGGACAGAGAAUAGGGGCUGUCCGUGAGGACCAGCCCAUCACAGACAAGGAUUACUCCUCGCCGUCGCUACAUCCAUAUAACCCAUCUUGGUGGUCAGCCGCAGAGCUGGACGAGCUGGAAGUGGCCAUGGGAAAUCGCCCAGCGAGUCCGAGAAUGAUACGACAUGUGACACCGCCAACUUACUCGUCUCCUACGCAGGCUUCCAUCGGUAAGGCCGUUGAUCCUGCUAGGAUGAGACGGAUGGCAUCGGGCCUGUCCAACGGGGUGUCGUAUUCUCGGGCGCCAACACCACCUCCUCCCGACGUGCACUGGACUGUCGCAGCUCAUGAACUAAGUCGUGUCCUUAUCCCGUCGGAUCGCCAGGUCGACAGCUGCAAGCCGGAGGACUUGAAUGCAGAGGCAACGAGAGCGCGCCGGGACCGUCAGUCGAUUCUCAACCCAGAGCUGGUGCCUCCCACGCCCCCUACACCUCCCCCCGUGGAGAGGCCUACUUCCCGUAUGUCGUUGAGGGAACGCAAGGGUGCGAGACCUAAUUAUGCGGAAGAGGACGAUAGUCAGUCCAAGAGCCGAAGGAGGACGCUGGCAGGGUCUGCGGCAAUUUCUACGGAGAAGGCUACAGCUCGAGGUAUUCCGUCCGAGGCCAACGGAGCGGCCAAGCGACCUGGUCGACGCCUUAGUGCGGCAUCUUCUGUGGUUUCUGCGGCUCCCACGGCACCAUUCGAAAGCAACGGAUUCCCUCCUCGACCCGACACGUCACUCACCAUCCGUCCGGAAUCCUCAAUGAGUGUAAGGACCCAAGGUGGCACGUCUCUCAAUGUAAAGAAGACUAGGGCCCCCGCCUCUAGGAAGGAGGCGCCUAAAACCACAAGAACUGUGAAAAAGCCAGCUGCACCGGCAAGGACUACUCCUCCACAACCCGUUCAACCUUCUCAACCACCGCAAACCAGGUCAAGUCCUGCGGCCGCUGCUUCAGAGGACGAUAUGGACAAGCUUACCGCUGGUAUGAAAAAGAUCAAGAUCAACCUCAUCACCAAGACGCAAAAGGAAGAGCGGGCUCGAGCUGCUCAGGCUGCUCAAGCUGCUCAAGCUGAGCAGGUUGCGCAAGCAGCGCAGGUCAAAAUAGAGACACCACCGGCUGCUGAAGAGCCGAAGCCAAGUACCCCGAUUCCAGCCGAGGACGUUGUCCCAGUGCCAUCACCACCCGUUGUCACUCCCCCGAAUCAGCCUGUGGCCACAUCACCAAUGGAGCCUGUGAAUUUGGAGUAUACAUCCUCGCCAGACCCUCUGGCUCCGACACCUAGAGUGCCAAAAUAUGUCCCAGAGCAGAUGCCAACGGCUCUUAGCCCAGAUGUGCAUCAGGCAGACCUGCCUGCCAGUUCGCCUAUCACACCACCUACGGUAGAGGAGCCCUCAAGCGGAGAUGUGUUCAUCUCGUAUCAACCAGAGGGCCCAGCACCUGUCGCCAUCACCCCCCAAGAGCCACUCAAGUGGCUCCCGCCCAAUGAAAAUACACCCGUCAAGAACUCUCCGGCAAAGUCGCCAUCGAAGGUAUCGCCGUCCAAGAAGUCGCCGACAAAACCAUCACCAGCCAGGCUUUCGUCACCUAGAGCGCUGUCGUCUUCCAAGCUGCCCCUAGCUAAGAUGAAUCGGGCGGACCUUCCCGUAUUUACCUCGACGUCAGCCAUUCCUUUCGCGCAGCCAAAUAUGAACAGCAAACCGAGCUCUAACGAAGAACCAGCUGUCAAGUCGGUUUGGGAAAUACCCGAGACGCCGCAAAAGUAG